UAACAGAUUAUAAUAUAUUAUUUAUUUUUUUUCAAAACGAACGAAAUAAAUAGCAUAAAUUUUAUGUUCUGGGAGCGAAACAUCGAGGGGCGAAACAUCGCGGUGAGAACCAUGCAUAGGCGCGAAACAUCCUGUUACCGGCUUCUCGCUAGCAUGGCAGAUUCCGAUUCAGACAAAACGGUUAACGUCUCCGAUGCAGACAGUGAAGUAGUAUAUGAUGAAGCAAACAAAAAACGACUGUUGUCAGACUCUUCUGUAUCCCCUGAUCAUAAACGAUUUUGUUCUGUCAGUGAGAGUAUGCCUGGGAGCUCUGACCAAGAUGAAGAUGGAACUCCUCCCAAGUCCUCCGGAACUGACACAAUUUCAACAGAAUCUGAGGAUUCGCAGUCAAUUCACGGAAAGUGCACAACCAAAAUUGCUUCACUCGCCCUUCCACUAAGACUGAGUAAAUGGGAAAGAAAGCACAUCGAAAACCUUAAUAUUUCAAUUGUGCAUGUUCCCGAUACGAAACCUCUUGAUCUUAUUCAAUGCGGGGAAACCGAGAACAACGAGGAGACUGCAAAAAUCAACGAGUUAAAGAAGUACGUCCAAAAGAGUCCUAUAAUGGCUCAUUUAAGAUCCCUUGACCAUUUGUACACGUCCUUUUCAGAGCUGUCAUCAGAAAGCUUAUGGGAGAUGGCUCCAAAUGAUGAUGAAAAAAUAUCAAUGAUCCCAACAUGGAUACCAGAGAAACAUAUGAUAUGGUUUUACAGAUUUCAUUGUCAGGCACAUGAAUUUUGUAACCAACUUUAUCUCAUACUUAAGAGAAGAGAACAUGGGUGCAGCAUACGUGGAAGUCAUUUGCAAGCGUUGUUUGAGGCAUUUACUUGUAUGUUUGGAUUAAAGAGUGCACUCAGUAGUGUACCAUGUCUGGAAAUAGAAACAAAAAGGAUUAUGAAGCUAGAGAUAAGUGGUGCAGCUGAUAUUAUUUUCCCUUACACAAUGUUUUCUCCAUUUAAAGAAGCCAAACAAGGAACUCAGCAUCCCUCAGUUAUUGCAGUUUGUGAGGUCAAAAGAGACAGUCCAAAACUAAACCAAAGUUCUUCACCACUGAGCAGCAGAACCCGUACAAAAAUGAAAAUCAAUGUUGAAGUCUCAGCAGAGCAAAUUUCGUCAACAACUAAUACAGAGGUUGCACACCACAAAACUGUUCUGCAUCUUGAUGAUAAAAUCAUUGGCCAGCAUGGAGGAGAACUUCUUUUCCAUUUUUCAGACACAAUAAAGAAUGGAAAAAUAUUUGGAUUAGUUGUGCAAGAAACACAGGUGACGUUUACUGUGCUGGAAAUGAGUGUGGAACAAUACAAUGACAUUGUAGAAGGUCAUGUGAAGCACAGAAGUGGAGAUCAGCCAACGUUGAAAGUUUCAAAACCAUAUGACUAUUUGAAAACCCAGGAUAGAGAAUUUAUCAUAGAGGCGUUCAUCAAACUUGCUAUGUUACAGAGGAAAAUCCUUUAAAUCGUGGGGUAACAUCAGAUCUUCAGGAUAUAAUUUGAAGGUGUUGUGUUUAGAAGUAGUGUAUAUGCAAAUUAUAGUUAUGGUACAAAAAGUAAAUAAUGUAAUGCUGAUUAUGUACUUGUUUUGUUCAUUCCAUGUUUUUAAUUCUUUCAAAGUAUCAUGCUAUUGGUUAAGCAAGUAGUUUUGUGCAGGCAUGUGAUUUAUCCCUAAGUCACAGUUAAAAAAUAUCUUUUGUACCCAGUACAACCUUCUGUUAUGUAAGUCUGCA